AUGUCGGCACAAGAAGCUUCCGCUACUGAUUUGCCAGUGAAGAGACCUAGAGAAGAGGAAGAUAACGGCGCCGCCAUGGAAACCGAGAAAUCCGCCGGCGCCGGAACCUUCAACGGCGGAUUAGAGACCAAGGAGCCUGCGUGUAUGUCCACUGUAAUUCCUGGAUGGUUCUCUGAGAUGAGUCCUAUGUGGCCAGGAGAGGCACACUCUCUGAAGGUAGAGAAGAUUCUAUUCCAGGGAAAAUCAGAUUACCAGGAUGUGAUAGUUUUCCAGUCUGCGACAUAUGGAAAGGUUCUGGUUUUGGAUGGAGUGAUUCAACUCACUGAAAGAGAUGAAUGUGCGUAUCAAGAAAUGAUCACUCACCUUCCAUUGUGCUCUAUCUCCAACCCCAAAAAGGUCCUGGUUAUCGGAGGAGGAGAUGGAGGAGUUCUGCGGGAAGUGGCACGCCAUAGUUCUGUUGGGCAGAUUGACAUUUGUGAAAUCGAUAAAAUGGUGGUUGACGUGUCUAAGCAAUAUUUCCCUAAUGUAGCUGUUGGUUACGAGGAUCCUCGUGUCAACCUCAUCAUUGGCGAUGGUGUUGCUUUCUUGAAGAAUGCUGCUGAGGGAACCUACGAUGCAGUUAUUGUUGAUUCAUCGGAUCCUAUUGGUCCAGCAAAAGAGCUAUUUGAGAAACCAUUCUUUGAGUCGGUGAACAGAGCUCUUCGUCCUGGUGGAGUUGUGUGUACACAGGCUGAAAGCUUGUGGCUUCACAUGGACAUCAUCGAAGACAUUGUUUCUAAUUGCCGUGAGAUCUUCAAGGGAUCUGUGAACUACGCUUGGACCAGCGUUCCAACUUACCCGAGUGGAGUCAUUGGAUUCAUGCUUUGUUCAACGGAGGGACCACAAGUCGAUUUCAAGAAACCAGUGAACCCAAUCGAUGCUGAUGAGAGCUCCAUCAAAUCACACGGACCCUUGAGGUUUUACAACGCCGAGAUUCACUCAGCCGCUUUCUGCUUGCCGUCUUUCGCCAAGAAGGUGAUUGAUUCUAAAGCCAAUUAG